AUGGCGAUGGUGGCGGCACUGUGGCGGAGGGCGAGGGACUACAUGAAGACCAAGGAGUUCCGGGAAUACGUGACCAGCACGCACUUCUGGGGUCCCGUGGUCAACUGCGGCCUACCGGCGGCUGCCUUUAAGGACAUGAACGAACCGCCUGACAUCAUCAGUGGCCGUAUGACAAUGGCGUUCCUCUUCUACUCGAUGGCCUUCAUGCGUUUCGCCUAUCGUGUACAGCCUCGAAACUUGCUGCUGUUGGCGUGCCACAGCACCAACGUGGUGGCGCAGAGUGUGCAGCUGAGCCGCUACCUGGAUCACCACUACGGCGGGGGCGCCGCGCCGGCGGCAGCUACCGCCACCACCACCGCCACCGAGGCCUCCACCACUGCUGCCACCACCGGUCCCACCAGCGAUCCUGUGGCUGUUCGCGACUUUAAGGAUGACGACUCCUGCUAG